UAUAAAAUGAAAGUUAUAGUCAAUCAAUCAAUUAACUUACUACUCGUAACUCCAUCUACUUAUUAAUUUAUUGAUUCAUCAACUCGAUUCAUCAAUCUAUUAAACACAACCCAAAAACAAAUACAACCCAACAUCAAAUCACAUCAACAAACCAUCCCAUCCCCAAAAAUGUCCCCAAUAACCCGAACACUCCUCCGACAAUCACGUCUCAUCACCUCCAAACCCCGACUCCAAACCCAAAUCAUCACCUGCAGACCCAUCUCCUCUACCUCCCCCGCUCAAAAAGCAGUCACAGAAACCGUCAAAGAAACCGUCAAAAAAGUCGACAAAGCAGUCGCUAGUAAAAUCGUCGACGGAAUAGAAGUUGGUCGUAUGUUAUCCUCUUUCCUCUCCCUUUUCCUUCCCCUUCAUCUCCAUCCUCCUCAUCCUCCCCCUUCCCAUUCCUCAUCCUUCCCCCAAACCAAAAAAUACAAACCCCUCACUAACCCCCCCUUUUUAAAAAUAGAAAGCGCAACCCAAAAAGUAAAACAAGCCGCGGGCCUCACAAAAAACGAAGCAAAAAGCGAAGUUAAAAGCGAAGCUGGAGAACUCAAGGGAAAAGCUGCAGAGGUGAAGGGAGAGGCUAAGGGAAAAGCUGCAGAGAUUAAGGGAAAUGUGAAGGGGAAGGCAGAUGAGGUUGUGGGGAAGUUGUAGGGGUUGGGGAGAAAAGGA